UCAAUAACCUGUCAAUAACUCUUUUGUUUUCUAGCCACCUAACUAUCCUACUCAUAAAAUCAUGGAAUCUGCCAUUAACAUGCUCGUCUCCCAGUUCAAGACUUACGCAGGGAAGGAUGGCUCUGUAAACACUCUGAGCAAAGACGAGUUUCAGAACUUGGUCACAUCCCAGUUACCAAACUUUGUAAAGAAUGCCUCUGACCCAGCCACCAUUGAUCAGCUCAUGAAGUCAUUGGAUGCUAAUAACGAUGGAGAACUGACGUUCCUGGAGUUCUGGAAGCUGAUUGGCAGUGUGGCGAACCAGCAUGGCGGCUUUUAGCCAAUAAAGAGACCUGAAGUAUUAGUCUACUUCAAGAAAAUCACUUUAAUUUUACCUUGUGACUUUCUGAUGUAAUUAUAACAAUGCGCAGUUAAUGAUUGUCCCAAGCAGGUGACAGCAAAUAAAAGAAAGCGUUGUAUUAUUCUCCUA